GUGGCGAACAUGUACUUCUGGAACUUUCUGUCCCGGGUUACGUUGCGAGAAGAUGAGAAUAAGCGAUAGGUAAACUAAGCUUUUCUGUGAACCUCUGAAAUUUAAGCGAAUAUCUAGUUCUUAACACUCGAGACGAACUUUGUAGUAUAUAAAAUCAAAUGACGUCUUAUUCUCUACCGUGAAAUCAAAGGGAUGCGGUUCACGUAAACUACCAGAGGUUGACAAAUACACUAGCCAGUUAGCUACCUUGCUAACAUUAGCUAGCUUGCUAUACUUGGCUUCUUAGCAGGGUAGCUAACUCGCUAACUCAUAAACGUUACCCAGCAUCUGUUAGCGUUAAUCUGUUAACGCCACACCUCGUUUGUUAUUUUGAGGUAUACAUAUUAAAUCACGCGUGAAAAAUAACGUUAACGUUAAACUUAUUGAAAAUUUGGAAUCUUUUCAGCCAGCUAACUUUACGUCAACGCGACAGUGGUUCAUGACAUGGGGUCCGAUUAAGGUGACUCAGUAACGUCAAUCGUUCCUAAAUUAACUUGUCAGGAGAGAAUAGGAAGUAUUUGUGAUGGGUAAAGACUAUUAUAAAGUGUUGGGAAUACCAAAAGGUUCGUCGGAGGAUGAAAUCAAGAAAGCUUACAGAAAGCAGGCUUUACGAUAUCACCCCGACAAAAAUAAGUCCCCGGGAGCUGAGGAGAAAUUCAAAGAGAUUGCAGAGGCCUACGAUGUCCUGAGCGAUUCGAAGAAAAAGGACAUCUAUGACCGAUAUGGAGAAGAAGGUCUCAAGGGAGCUUCAGGUGGUGGGUGUCCCAAUGGACCCACCUACAACUACACAUUUCAUGGGGACCCUCACGCCAUGUUUGCGGAGUUCUUUGGUGGCCGCAGCCCAUUUGACCAGUUUUUCCAACACGGUGGCGUCGGUGGCGGCGGCGGCGGAGGUGGUGGUGACGACGACAUGGACAUUGAUGACCCCUUUGCAGCGUUUGGCAUGGGUGGCAUGGGGGGCAUGGGGGGCAUGGGGGGAUUCCAGAGAUCCUUCAAAUCCAGACCUGGCAACAUCCACGGCGGGAGGGAGAGGAAGAAGGACCCUCCCGUCAUUCAUGAGUUGAAGGUGAGCUUGGAGGAGGUGUUCUCUGGCUGCACCAAGAAAAUGAAGAUCUCCCGCAAGCGCCUCAACGCCGACCGCUGCUCCAUGCGCAACGAGGACAAGAUCCUGACGGUGGACAUCAAGCGCGGAUGGAAGGAGGGUACCAAGAUCACGUUCCCCCGAGAGGGAGACGAGACGCCCACCAACAUCCCAGCCGACGUGGUUUUUGUGGUGAAGGACAAAGCACACGCAGUUUUCCGCAGAGAUGGCUCAGAUGUCAUCUACCCUGCUAGGAUAUCCCUCAGAGAUGCGCUUUGUGGAUGCGCGAUUAGUGCCCCGACACUGGACGGCAGAACUAUUACUGUGACCUCUCGCGACAUCAUCAAACCGGGGAUGAAGAAGCGUAUUGUGGGGGAGGGCCUUCCUCUCUCCAAGUGCCCGGAGAAGAGGGGGGACAUGGUGGUGGAGUUUGUGGUGAAGUUCCCCGAGAAGUUGGGUCAGAGCACCAGAGACGCCCUCGGCCAGAUCCUCCCGCCGUGAUCAGAGAGUGUGGCGGUGACGGGUGGAGCCGUUUUCCCAACACUAAGACUGCCUCAUCCAGUAGCGUUUUUUUUUUUUUUGCUUUUUGCCCUGAUAUCCUGCUUUUCUUUUCUAUGUCCCAUAAAGAUAAAGAGAGACUUUCUGGUGAACUGGAAGUAAGACAAGUGUAACCGCACUUUUUUCAAAUACUUUAUUUUAUCCAUUGCUAAAGGAACCCUCCGGUCUAAAAACAACCCAGGGUCUAUUUUUGGAUGAUAAUAAUUGUCAACAUUUGACGUUAAUCAGAGUAGUUUUUAGUAAGACCAGAAUACAUAUUUGCAAGGAAAUAGCACAUAGCUCAGCCUUACUACUCUAAGCCACUGGUUGGGCUCAAAAUAGUGUUACACAUUUGUGCUACUGUGGGCAGGGUCUAUGCAGACCAGACAAACCAAAAAAAAGUAUUUUUUAACUUUGUAAUUGUACAGAAAGGGUAUUUAAAAAAGGUCUGUCAGUGCUUUUCUUAUUCCUCCAGUCGCCGCCAUGUUGGAUGGCGUCCUAGUAGUGUGGUGGCAAAUAGGUAAAGCACUGACUACAAAAACAGUCCUUUUUUCGACUACUUCCUUGCAAGCCCAUAUUCCCAUCCUAUUUGGAGCUACUCUGAUUAAAUGACAUUUCGGUCCUCAAUGAAGGUUUACACUCAGUAUCACCCAAACAUAGACCCUGGGUUGUUUUUAGACCGGACGGUUCCUUUUGUUUCCCUGUCUGUUGGUGAUCACUAACAUGAUGCACUUUCACAUCACUGUGAAAUAUUAGAAUUUUUAUUUUUUUUAUAUAUAUAUUUUGGACUGAGGUGGGACAUGCAAGACGACUAAGUACUACGUCUUAACCUAUGCAUCAGCAUUCAUUCCCACAUAGCUUUACAUUGCUGAAGAAACUGGGAGUCCCCUGAAACACAUUGAUUUUGUGCAUUGAUAGUUGAUUUUGUCUUGUAACAAAAUAUUAAUCUUCGUGGUGUAUCGUUCCAUGUAUAUCCUGUUUUACACAGACACAUUGUUUCAGACACUGAUGUCUGGAUUGAAAUCUCGCAGCCUUUGGCAGGUAGAGUGGGAGUUGUGCAAUUGUAAUCCCCAAUGAAAAGGAGUACAAAAGCUUUGAGUUUUGUCCAUAGUCAUUCAAUUUUAGUUGUGCAAAAAAAAGAACCCAGCCUGACCUAACCCUUCCCGCUGCCAAUGGGGCCUCCCAAGGUCCACAUUACAGUUGCUACAUUGAGGCCCAGAUUUACCAGAGGCUUUAGCAGAGAUUUAGCCUGUGCAAAACCAUUAUCCUGACCUAUGAUUGUUCCACGUGUUUGUACAGUAUGUAUUUUCACUGAAGGUCAUGAUUUUUGUUUUGUUAUAUGUUAAACCUGUGUGCCAAAACCUUAAGUCUGGUCCUACAUGUAUCUCAGGUGCAAGUAUGCCUGAAUGUAGCGUUUGUCUUAUAGAAAGAAGGAAAAAAAAAGAAGGAAAAACAUUUGCACAUAUCCAUAUGGAUAUGAAUAGACUAUGGCUCAGACAGGGUAAACUGUGCGUGCCGUGUAGUGACUGAAAACUCCAAGUUAAAUUCCAAGAACUCACAAAUGCUGUUUUAUUUCAAUGCCACCGUCAACCAUGAAGCAACCAGGGAAGUGUCCCUGAGUCAACCUCAUUGCAGAACUGACAUGUGGAGGAUGUGAAGUACAGUAUCAGUAUUUUGUACUGAUUGAACAUAAUAUCAAAAAUAUACUCAAUCCACUAAUCAA